GCACUCCCCGUUCCCAUCCAUUCUCCUCUCCCUCCGCGUUCAUCGCCGUCGCUCGCUACCUCGCCGUACCAUUGCCGUCCGCCGACCCAGCGGCAGCCGGUCGCCAUGACGGCGGAGGGAGCCGAGGCGCGGCGGGGCAAGGACGCGCUCAGCCUCAGCGGGGGCCACCUCUGCCACGUCUGCGGCCACCAGUACCCAAACCCCAACCCCAGCGCCAAGCUCCGCCGCUCCCACCGCAAAAACUGCAGCAAGCCCGCCGCCGCCGCCGCUUCCGGGGACCGCAAUGCGGCCGAGGCUCCGCUCGCGCUAGGUGGUGGUGGUGGUGCGGGAGGGCUGGGAGACGGGGAGGAGCCUGGCAAUGGCGCGGCCAGCGGGGGCUCCGCGUCGCCCGGAUCUGCGGAAGGGGGCGGCGAUUCGGCGCAGGACAAGGAGAACGCAGAUGAAGGCGAUGGAACCAAUUUAGCAAAGCCUUGCACCAAUGGAGUUCAACAUAAAAUUCCUAAAACUUCCAGUGAAAUUGUACCACUCGCAGUUGCACACACAGUUGAACGAGAAGAUAGUUUUGAUGAAUACCAGGAUGCAUCUUCGUUUCUUCAUCAAUCAGAUCCAGAAGAUGGCUUAGCAGUAGCACCUGAGUCAAAUAUUCCCAAGGAAAUCAAGAAUCUGGACAAAGGCUCAAUGGGUACAAGUAUAGCUGCAGAUGUGAUCUCCGUUGAAAUGAAUGGAUUAUGCAAAGAUGAGUUUUCAAAUGGACCAAGCAUGCCUGAUUUUCCUGCUGGUUCCAAAGUUGAAAACAAAGCUGAAUGUUACUUGGGAGUUUUAACUCCUGGAUUGGUUGGGUGUGAAGAUGGCCUAAACCUCCAGAGUACAGUUGAAUGCUCAGGAGACAUCGGCAGCAAUGAUACAGACAGAAAACCUGGUAAGACAUCCGGCUAUUGCGAGUUUAUUGGUGAUUUGGAUUCCCCAUCUCUCCAGAAAUGCUCUCCGCUUAUAUCCUACCCAGAAUUGCAAUCGGCAUGUCCCAGGAAGGUGGACAGCCUCUUGAUUGGUGGUAUGGACGCUCUGGAUAGUAUGUCUGAAGUAUCACCAAGAGCAGAAAUAGCAGGAUCAGAUAAUAAUGGAUCUGAAACAAUAUCUAAUUCUGGAACUAACUCUGUGCCGACUCAAGAUGAAUUAAAGGUCAUUGACACUGAAAAUACUUCUGCUGAUUACUCCGUGGAGCACUCUUCACAUAACUUGUCUGUUCAAGAUACAUCAGAUGCUCAGCUGCCAGUUGACAAUUCUUGCCUGUUAAAUUUAACAUGCUGUAAACCUGGUUAUCAGAAUGAUCUUGCUGUUACUGAAGUCGAUGCAAUGCUCAAGUCCAUCGCUGAACACAACUACAGUAAUGGCAUUCUAGUAAAGGGCAGUGAGUUGGAUUCUUCCUGUGCGUUGCCGCCUCAACAAGAUGUUGAGCAAAUUGUUACUGCAGCAGAAGGUAAUACUUCCUUGGAAAAACAUAAUGGGGUCUGUACAGAGGAAGUCUGCAACAGGGAGGGUGACACCGAGGUUCCUACAAAAUAUCAAGUUUCGUCAAGUCAGGAGCAUGUCACUUUACUAAUGGAUCAAAUGUCUUCUAUCAAGAAUCCAUUCAAUCUCGAUGACACCAGGAGUGAGGACUUAUUUGAGCUUUCUUCUGGAAGUUACAAUUUUGAGGAACCAAAUGUUGUUGAAUCAAAGCAGCGUUUUGAAUCUACAACUCAGACAGUUUCCAGCGUUGCUAGUGUUGCUGACCGGCAACACUGCCUGAUCCCAGAUGACCGUGACAGCAUACUAGCUGUGUCAAGUGAAAAUGGAUAUGCAGUUGGUGCAGAAAAUGUGUCGGUCAGUAGUAGCGCAGAUCCUACGAAGAACAUUGUCUUGCAUGGUGCCUCAGUGAACCAUAGCAAGCAAGGAGGUGAACCACAUACAAAUGGUACCGUUUGUGCGCCGACUCCAGUACUUCCGACAGAGUUUGGCACAAUGACCGUUUCCAAAGAGAUCAAUGCACUCAGCACAUAUGUUGGAGACAUGAUUGAGAUUGAAGACACCGAUGCAAAAGCUAUGGCUGCAGUAGAGAGUAUAGAUAACUUUGAAGAAAAGAAACAGACUGAAGAUGCUAGUGUUAAGGAGCUGAAUGCAGCACUGUUCACAGAAAAUGUUGAAGAAGAGAAGCAGGCUGAAGGCAGUGGCGCGAACGAAGCGGUUGAUGAAAAUAAUCAGAGUGAAUCCACUGAUUCAAGGAAAGUGAGGGCAGUACAAAGCACAGUAAAUAUUCAUGAAAAGGAUCAGACUGAAGACAGUCCAAAGGAGGUGGACACAGAAUUUUGUAUCGAUGAUGCUGACAACAUGCAAACCGAUGGCACCAACAAAGAGGAGAUGUAUGAAGGGCAGCACGUAGAUGAAGCUGAAGAAAAGAAGCAGGCUGAAGAAACAAGGGCAAAGGAGACGAGUGAAGAUAAUGCUGAAGGACAGAAGCAGGCUGAAGGCAUAGUUCUGGAGGGAAACAAAGAGAAUCAAGAGAUCGCUGCCAUUGGCUCAAGGCUGAAUUCGGCAAGGAUCUCAGUUCCGUUGAAGGUCCUCCUUGCCGAGGCAAGCCUGGAGAGCAAAGAAAAAAAGCCUAGCGCCAAGGAGCGGGUCCUGUCAUUCAGGCGGCGAGCAUCAUCGAAGGACGACGCCUCAUCGGCAAAGCCAGGGUUAGUUGGUUCGGGUGACCUGUACUGGAACUCCCCAGCGAGGCUGCCCCACGAUGGCAACGUUGAGAAGAGAUCCAAAGUGAGGAAGCAGCCGUGGAUGCCGUUCAUCUGCUGCCACUCGGUGCACUGAUGCUGCCUUCUUUCAGCUCCACGCUUUUAUAUACGCCAUGCGCAUCUUGUUGAAUCCGUGGCAACUCUUUAGUACUUGCGUGAGGACUGGAUAAACUUUUGUUUUGCAUUGGUCGAUAUUUUCUGCUUGAACUAGUGCUUGACGUUCGUGUAGAUAGUCCGUAUAAUUAAAUUGGCGUGGUAUGUGACCUGAUA